CUUACUGGAAUCUUCAUGGAUUCGCUUGGUGCAGCAUACACUCAGUUUGGGUUUAAUCUUUUCCAAAAGCUGAAUAAGAUAAAAGAUGGCAACAUCUUCUUUUCACCUGCGGGAAUUUCAGCCGCCAUCGGCAUGCUGGUCUUCGGGGCCCAAGGAGCCACUGCCGCCCAGUUACAGAAGAUGCUUUCUUUCAAAAAAGACACAGAGAGCUCAAGAAUCAAAACUGAAGAAGAAAAGAUUGAGAAGUCAGAAGAGAUAUAUCACCAAUUCCAAGAGUUUUUGAGUGAGAUAGGCAAAUCCACUGAUGGUUAUGAAUUGAGGAUAGCCAACAGGCUCUUUGGAGAAAAGACAUACCUCUUCCUUCAAAAAUACUUAGAUUAUGUGGAAAAACAUUAUCAUGCAUCUCUGGAACCUGUUGACUUUGUAAAUGCAGCAGACGAAAGUCGAAAGAAGAUUAAUUCCUGGGUUGAAAGCCAAACAAAGGAAAAAGUCAAGGACCUGUUUCCAGAUGGUUCUCUAGACAGCUUCACCAAGCUGGCACUGGUGAACAUAGUUUAUUUUAAAGGGCAAUGGGACAGGGAGUUUAAGAAAGAAAAUACCAAGGAGGAGGAAUUUUGGCUGAAUAAGAGUACAAGCAGAUGUGUGCCAAUGAUGACACAGAGCCACGCCUACAGCUUCGCUUUCCUGGAGGACUUGCAAGCCAAACUUCUGGGAAUUCCAUACAAAAACAAUGACCUAAGCAUGUUUGUGUUGCUGCCCAAUGACACAGAUGAUCUGGAGAAGAUUAUAGACCACAUAACUCCAGAAAAAUUAGUAGAGUGGACCAGCCCGGGGCACAUGGAAGUAAGGAACGUGACCUUGCACUUGCCGCGGUUCGCGGUGGAGGAUGGGUACGACCUGGAGGCCGUCUUGGCAGCCGUGGGGCCGGGAGACGCCGUCAGGGAGCCCAGAGCCGAUUCUCCGAGGUCGGCCUCACACUCGGGGCUGCAGGCACAGAAGUUCCUCCACAGGGCCUUUGUGGCGGUCACCGAGGGAGGGACUGAGACUGCAGCCGGCACCGGCGUGGGCUUUGCCCUCACGCUGGCGCCGGAAUAUGAACAUUUUCACUGCAAUCACCCUUUCCUGUUCUUCGUCAGGCACAACCAGUCCAACAGCAUCCUCUUCUUCGGUAGAUUCUCUUCUCCUUAGGACAGUCAUUGCCUUGGCCGAGAACCAGUGUUGGGGAAUCAGUAGGACGAUGGACAUUGCCCAUUCUUUAAGAAAAAUGGUCUUCCUUGCUUGCAUUCCAAUCUUACCAUCCAAAUCACUGACUUAAGUGACUGUAAUGGUGUGCGUGUUUAUAAUUCUCCUUAAAACUGAAAUGUCCUUUUCAGUUUGUGCUGCGUAAUAACAUAGCUAAAUCA